UGGCAGUACGUAUUCACUACAUCCGUUGAAGGCAACAAAAUGGUCGUGUAAUUCUAUCGUCGAGUGAACGUAAAAUUGUGAGAAUAAACGUUGCUUUAGUCGAAACACUAGUAUACAGAAAGUAUCUGCGUUCAUUUAAUUUGAAAAAUGACUGCGAUACCUGGUACUGUGGCCUUUGACGAAUAUGGACGUCCUUUCAUUAUUCUUCGUGACCAAGAGAAACAAAAACGCCUAACCGGCAUAGAUGCAAUUAAGUCACAUAUUUUGGCAGCCCGUAAUGUGGCCAACAUUCUCAAAACCUCCUUAGGACCUAAGGGUCUUGAUAAAUUGAUGGUGAGCUGUGAUGGAGACAUCACUGUAACAAAUGAUGGAGCAACAAUUCUGAAGAACAUGGAUGUGGACCAUGAGAUUGCUAAAUUAAUGGUUCAAUUAUCACAGUCUCAGGAUGAUGAAAUUGGGGAUGGUACUACUGGAGUAGUUGUGUUAGCUGGUGCCCUUUUGGAACAAGCUGAACAAUUGCUAGAUAAAGGAAUUCACCCGAUUAGAAUAGCAGAUGGUUUUGAAAUGGCAGCAAAGUGCGCAGUAGAUCAUCUGAAAGAAAUUGUAGAUGAGUUUGAGGGCAGCACAGAAAAUUUAGAGCCAUAUAUUGAAAUUGCUAUGACUAGUCUUGGUUCAAAAAUCAUCAACAAGUGCCACAGGCAAAUGGCAGAAAUAGCUGUAAAUGCGGUAUUUGCGGUUUUAGAUCCUGUUUCGCGCGACGUGAACUUUGAGUUGAUAAAGGUAGAAGGAAAAGUUGGUGGUAGAUUAGAAGAUACUGUCUUAGUCCGGGGUGUUGUAAUUGACAAAGACUUCAGCCAUCCUCAAAUGCCAAAGAGGUUGGAGAAUGUUAAAUUGGCAAUUCUGACCUGUCCGUUUGAACCGCCCAAGCCGAAAACGAAACACAAGUUGGAUGUUACCUCCGUCGAAGACUACAGAGCGCUGCGCGAUUACGAACAAGAAAAGUUCACGGAAAUGGUGAAGAGGGUUAAAGAUGCCGGAACAACCCUUGCUAUUUGUCAAUGGGGAUUCGAUGACGAGGCCAACCAUCUUCUUCUCCAAAAUAAUUUACCAGCAGUCAGAUGGGUUGGUGGGCCAGAAAUCGAACUAAUCGCCAUUGCUACCGGUGGUCGUAUCGUUCCGCGUUUCGAGGAGUUGACACCAGAGAAACUUGGCCAUGCAGGCAUCGUCAGGGAACUAACUUUCGGCACGACUAAGGACCGAAUGCUCGUUAUCGAAGAAUGCAAGAACUCCCGAGCGGUCACUAUUUUCAUUCGCGGUGGUAAUAAAAUGAUUAUCGAAGAAGCCAAACGAGCUAUUCACGACGCCCUGUGUACAGUUCGUAAUGUCAUUAAGAGCCAACUAAUUUUAUACGGUGGCGGUGCUGCCGAAAUAUCUUGCGCAAUUGCGUGCACAGCUCAGGCAAACAAGAUCAGCACUUUGGAGCAAUACGCGUUCCGUGCGUUUGCCGAAGCUUUGGAAGCCAUUCCAAUGGCGCUCGCUGAAAAUUCCGGUCUUUCACCCGUAGAUACCUUAACCGAAAUAAAAGCCCGCCAAAUACUCGAGAAGAAUCCCAGUUUUGGUAUCGAUUGUAUGAAUCGCGGCACUGUCGAUAUGAAAUUGCAAAACGUUGUCGAAACAUUGACCAGUAAAACGCAACAGAUCGUAUUAGCCACACAAUUGGUAAAGAUGAUACUUAAGAUUGAUGAUAUACGUUCACCGAGCGAUGCCGGUGAUGCAGCCUAAAGAUUUCCCGUAUUUCUUCCUUCUACAUUGAAUUAUUGUACGAAGAGAAUCAAUUAUAAUAUUUAAUUAUA